CAAAGUUUGAACAUUCAUUGCUCAAGUGCCUUCAAAUAUACAAUACCUGCCUGGCUUAUCAAGAACGAUUCAGUUGCAUCAAUAUCCACCUACCUCCUAUGAAUAUAUCUGCAUUUUUGGCAUUGCGGGCAUCAUCGAUAGCGACGUAUCGGAUAGCAGAGCAUACGCUGACAUAUUAACUACCUAGGUACUUAUCAACAUGUCUAUGCUUGGGCUCCUUCUUGCAGCACUGGUAUGGGGAGUAUCUUGCUUAGAAGUCCAAGGUCAGGAUACCAGCUUUUGGUAUGCCAACAUGGACCAUACUGGCCCAUCAAGCGGCCUGGCCCCAGAUCUGGAUAGCAAGAUCACGUACCCAGUGUACGUGGCAGUUGCACCUGGCGACGGCGCAGGAAUUCAACGGGCUAUCAACGACGCUGGUGACGGAUCCAUCCGUCAUGGCCAAUGGUUGGCAUCCCAGCCAAGGGUUGUGUAUAUACCCUCUGGGAUAUACGAGGUCAGCCAGACUAUUUAUAUGAAUACAGACACCAUCUUGAUGGGUGACGCAACGAAUCCUCCGACGAUAAAAGCUUCUGCCAAAUUCACAGGUACCCAGACUCUUGUUGAGGGCCAGGAUCCUACAACGGGAGAUAUGGGAGAACUAUCCUUCGCAGUGGGAUUGAAGAAUUUGAUUCUUGAUACGACAAGCAUACCGGGAGGCAGAAUGUUCACUGCGCUUGGGUGGGGUGUUGCGCAGGCUGCCCAGCUACAGAAUAUUAAAAUCGUAAUGGCCUUGCCGAAUAACGGGAAUGGACAUACCGGAAUUCGCCUUGGAAGAGGCUCUACCUUGGUGGUAGCGGACGUUCGUGUUGAACGUGGACAGAACGGUAUCUGGCAUGACGGCCAUCAACAAACACUCUACAAGAACGUAUAUUUUUAUCAAAAUCUUAUCGGAAUACUGAUUAAUCGUGGGAAUACCAUCAGCAUUACCGGCGCCAUAUUCGAUAAUGUCAAUACCGCAGUCCGUCAUGAUUAUGGUGUGCCCUGGAUUGCCCUCAUCGACGCAACCUCAAUCAACUCCGGUGUAACUUUCGUAACAACAGGGUCCCCGUCGUUUUUGAUUGAGAAUCUGAGCAAGGAUACCGACUCGGACAUUGUUCAUGUAUCCGGAAGGACCGCGCUUGGUCCCCAGAAACAUGUGGACAACUUCUCCUAUGGAAAUACUAUAGGCCGCAACCCUACUUACGGUCCCGUAUCAUCGACAUUUAAUCGUCCCUUGGCAUUGGCUCCGAAUGGGAAAUACCCCUUGGUGCCUGCUCCAAACUACGCCGAUCAGCCGGUCUCCAACUUCAUCAAUGUCAAAGAUCCUUUUCAGAAUGGUGGGUUCUUUGUUCGAGGCGACCAGACGGUGGAUGAGUCUGGCGUGCUGAACCAGGUAUUGCAAUUCGCGGCCGACAACAACAAAAUCGCAUAUUUCCCAUUUGGAAAAUACAGAGUUGAUGACACCCUAGUCAUCCCGAAGGGCUCGCGCAUCGUAGGUGAAGCCUGGGCAACUAUCACGGGAAAUGGCGACAGGUUCAAGGACUGUACCAAUCCAAGACCAGUCGUCGCGGUUGGUAGUCCUGGCGAUAUUGGGGUCGCGCAAAUUCAGGAUAUGCGGUUCACGGUUUCUGAUGUCCUUCCUGGUGCCAUCAUCGUGCAAUUCAAUAUCGCAGGCUCGUCCCCAGGUGAUGUGGCGUUAUGGAAUUCCCUGAUUACCGUCGGCGGCACACGUGGGGCACCCGCGUUGAAUGAUGCCUGUGGUUCUGCUAGGAACGAAUGCCAAGCAGCCUUCCUCGGCUUACAUUUCACGUCUAGUUCAUCCGCUUAUAUUGAGAAUGUAUGGAAUUGGGUUGCCGACCAUUUCACAGAGGGUAGUGGGGGUUGUAGCAUAGCGGCAAAAGGCGGCGCGCUUGUGGAAUCUACUAAGGGCACCUGGCUCCACGGGCUCGGUAGUGAGCAUUGGUGGUUAUACCAGCUCAAUUUGCGGAGCGCAAGCAAUGUGCUAGUUAGUUUGCUCCAAUCCGAAACCAACUACGACCAAGGUAGCAACGCGCAACAGAUACCACCAACCCCGUGGGUAGCAGAUGUGAGAAACUGGGGAGAUCCCGAUUUCUCUUGGUGCAGUGGGGGCGACACGAGAUGCAAAAUGGGACUUGCGAACCUCGUGCAAGGAGGAACAAAUAUCUACACCUACGCGUCUGCGUCCUGGGCGUUCUUCAGUGGUCCAGGUCAUCAGGGAUGCUUGGGAGAUUGCCAAUCCUACAUGCACUGGAUUGCUCAAACACCCACAAAUUUCCAUGCGUAUGGAGUGUGCUCCAAAAGUACUCGGACAGCUCUUCACCUCGGAGAUGGAGCUGACAUUAACACGCAGCCAAAUUUUACAGGAUCGUGGGGGAGCCUGGUGGGUCGGUAUACGCCAUGAAAGUCCCCGGUUUACGUGUAAUUGUAGUGUCACGAUCUGUUCAUGCAUACCCUUACCGACACGACUUUUAUCCAUAACUACCCACCUACGUAGGGUUCAAUCAACUUCAAUGGUUAUUCAAUGUAAAAAUACAUAUUAGGAAGUAAUAGAUUAAAACGAAUCUGGUUUCAGCGUUGGGCCAACUUUUUCUCUCUCUUAACGUAAGCGUGGAGGUAAGUAAGGGGGGGUUUAAUUCGGUAGGCACCAAGUAAGCAGCAGGUAAGGCGGAUAAAGCAGGUUAUACUCAAUAACUAGUAGUUUACCGCGCAUCAAGGUCAGAGGUUCCCUCCAUCUUCUACAUACGGUGAAGUGAGUGGACCCAUUUGUAAUGCAGAUCCUCCUUCGCAAAUUUUAAUCGAUUAAUAUGUUCGGGGUGUACUAUCAUACUACUAUGGUAAGAAAACGAAUACAUUUCGAGCAAGGUGACUAGCUACGAAGUUGGGCUGAUGUUAGCGGGCUUUGUGUCAAGUAUAAUGCCUACUAGGCAGGUCCACUUCAAUGGAUAAC